UCCGAAUUCACAGCAGCAGAUGUUGACGCUAGGAAUGAACGAUUUUCUCUAAACAUCCGGAAUGCUACAAGUCUACAACGGAAUGAGCGAAGUCAUAGAAGGGGAAGAGAGCGGAGUAGUAUAAAUGGAUGGCUUUUGCGAAGAGGACCAAUGGUCAAUUACCUCACCAAAAAGGAUUGGUUCCGAUUUCGCAGGUUCGGUCACAGCAGAUGUUUCGUCGGCGGUGACGGAAUUCUGGGUUUGAAGAAUAUGGGCGGUGCGAUUUUCAAUCCAGUGAUUCUCUACGGCUUCAAUUCUCCAGCAGCAAAAGUCUUGAUUGGGCAAAGCAAUCUAUUUCUUGGUUCGGUGCACUGCAGAUCUAAUUGCAUCACAAUUACGUCUAUUCGUGCUUUUGCUGAAGCUUCGAUGGCAAUGGCAUACCAGAAGAAAUGGCCUCUCUAUCUAAGCACUAAAAAUACAAUCCUUAAGAAAUAUGAUGGAAGGUUCAAGGACAUAUUUCAAGACGUUUAUGAAGCACAAUGGAAAUCACGGUUUGAUGAAGCUGGAAUAUGGUAUGAACACCGUCUCAUCGAUGAUAUGGUUGCUUAUGCAUUGAAGAGCGAUGGUGGUUAUAUAUGGGCAUGCAAGAACUACGAUGGAGAUGUGCAGAGUGACUUCCUAGCACAAGGUUUUGGAUCUCUAGGUUUGAUGACAUCAGUCCUGAUUUGCCCAGAUGGGAAGACUAUUGAGGCGGAAGCUGCACAUGGAACUGUUACACGCCACUACAGGGUUCAUCAGAAAGGCGGUGAAACCAGCACAAACAGCAUUGCCUCAAUCUUUGCUUGGACUCGAGGAUUAGCACACAGAGCAAAGUUGGACAGCAAUGACAGACUCUUGGAUUUCACUGUGAAGCUUGAAGCAGCAUGCAUCGGUGCUGUGGAGUCUGGAAAGAUGACCAAGGAUCUCGCUCUAAUCAUUCACGGAUCCAAGCUUUCAAGAGAUCAGUAUCUGAAUACUGAAGAAUUCAUUGAUGCCGUGGCAGAUGAGCUGAAAGCCAGACUCUCUUGAAAGCACAGCCAUAGAAGUAUGUAUGUAUAUUGCUAUUGUAUUUUCUGCCUAAAGUGCUAGAACCUUUAUUAAUACUGCCAAUGUUAAAUCUAAUCAUUUUUACCACCUGGUAACGAUGAUUAUCCGUGUUUUAUCCCUAAUAUUUGGGUCUAGGUCAGGCAUGUACCUGUGGAAAAAUGGAUUGCAAUAUAUGCUGGUAAAAUGAUGUUAAGUCAGGAGGAAAAGGCUGAGGAUUCCAUUCUUUCUGCUGCAUUCUUUUUGAAUUUGAUUUUCAUGCUUUAA